GGUGGUGUGCCCAUCUCGUGGCCACGGGCAGUACACACCGCGUCCUCCUCCUCCUCACCUUCCCUCCACAGCCACUCCUCCCGGCAAGAUGCCCACCAUCAUCUCCUCCUUCUAGACCUCAGCCGCGCCAGCCAUGGCCGCCACCGCCGCCGCUUCCCUUUCCCUCCACCUCCGCCUCCGCCCUCCUCCCCAUGCCCACCGCAGGCCCCCUCGCCAUGCCCCGUUCCUCCUAUCCCCUCCUCUGCCCACCCCUUGCCCCCCUCACCAACUUCACGUCGCUAACGGCCGGCUCCCUCCCCCUUGCCGCCCCUCCGUGAAGGCGCGGGCAGGUAGCAUCGAGGCUCCGAGCCUCGCGCGCCUUGGCGGCACCGUAGAGACCGACCGCCUCCCCGCCGACGUGCGCGACCGCGCCAUGGACGCCGUCGACCACUUCGGCGGCCGCGUCACAAUCGGCGACGUCGCCUCCCGCGCCGGCCUGCAGAUUGACCUGGCAGAGCGCGCGCUCCAGGCUCUCGCGUCCGACACCGGGGGCUUCCUGGAGGUUUCGGGGGAAGGGGAGGUGCUGUACGUCUUCCCGGAAGACUACAGGGCGAAGCUCGCUGGCAAGUCAUUCAGAAUGCGGGUGGAGCCACUGGUCGAUAAAGCCAAGGAAGCGGGUGCGUAUGUGGUGCGGGUGUCUUUUGGGACAGCACUAGUUGCUUCCAUUGUGCUUGUAUAUGCUACCAUCAUUGCCAUCCUCUCAAGCUCGAGCAGUGAUGAAGAUAAUCGUGGAAGGCGGCGCAGAUCCUAUGGCUCUACGAUGUUCCUCCCAACAGAUUUAUUUUGGUACUUGGAUACAGGUUCCUCCAGGAGGAGGCGGGUAGAAAAAGAUAAGGGGAUGAGCUUUAUUGAAUCUGUCUUCUCGUUUGUAUUUGGGAAUGGUGAUCCUAAUGACGGGCUUGAAGAGAGAAGGUGGAAGAUGAUUGGGCAGUAUAUUUCUUCGAAUGGUGGAGUUGUUACGGCAGAGGAACUGGCACCGUAUCUUGAUGUACCGGCACCUGCAGAGCAAACCAAUUCCAAGGAUGAUGAAUCAUUUAUUCUUCCAGUUCUUUUACGCUUCCAGGGACAUCCUUUAGUUGACAAUCAGGGAAACAUUCUUUAUCGAUUCCCAUCGCUGCAACACACUACUUCCUCGAAAGGAGGUGGGAGUAGGGAAUAUGUUGGUACAAGAUGGUCUACAAUGUUGAGUGGCAUUGAAAAGUUUAUGGAAGAGAAACCAUGGGAAUUCAGUAAAGCAAAUGCAUUAGAGAGGGCAAUGGUUGCUGGUUUGGGAGGACUCAAUCUUUUUGGCGUCAUAAUUCUGGGAAACUUACUGAAGCAAAUGACAAUGACACCUGGUGGGCUAAUCUCAUUUGCUGCGCAGUUAUUUCCCUUGCUUCAGAUAUAUGCUGGCUCCUUUUUUGCAAUACCAUUAUUUAGAUGGUUGCUGCUACGCAAGACCAACAAUGACAUUGCAAGGAGGAACAAGGCUAGAGAAGAGAGAGCCCAGGAACUUUUGUCGCCAGAACCUUCUCUCAGAAGAAAGCUAGUGAUUCUGGCUUUUCAGUUGCUCAGUGCACGCGACAUGGCUCAGCGGAAGGUGAUUACACCAGGGGAGAUUGUCUACACAACCGAAAAGGAUCUAUUGGAUCAGGAAUAUGAAGUCAGGGAGUGGGAAAGGCGAUUUAAGAAACUUGAGUCAGACUGAUGGUAAUGAUGGAUAAUACUUGAGAUUCAUAUUAUAUCUGGAUGGUCCUUUGAUCUGGCUUGCUGAUCAUUCUUGGAUGGAGGAUAGAUCUGACCGAACCAUUCAACCAAGUGGGUGGAAUGCCAGAUGAGAGACUGGGUGGUUCUUAGGCCCACUAAUACUACGAUUCAUCAAAAGUAUUGCUGCUGCUGUACAUAUCUGUAACAUUUAGUCUACACACAUGUAUAUAUAGUUGUAGAUCAAUGCACAGAAACAGGGAACUGUAAUUCAGAACUAGGGAAUUGAAAUUCAGAACUGAACACCGGAACAGUAGGACAUGUAAAGGGUAAUGCCCGUUAAACUGUUGUCUCAAAUUGGGGUAUUCUGGAUCUAGAUUGAUGAGACUGCUGUUAAUGCCUAA